UCUCUCUCACACACACACACACACACCGAGCUCUAAACCCCAAACCCGCUGUCAGUGCGGUGAAUGCUAUUGACAUCAGCUUAAUGUGAAUCCCGUGCAGGAGGCGAUGUGAGGGGGAGCGACCGAAGCGGAAACAGGAGACGGACUGAGACUGAGGCAGAGGCAGAGUCAGAGUGAGAGGCAGCCUCGCGUGCAGUAGAUCCUCGCCAUGCCGCUGGUUAAAAGGAGCAUUGAGCCCAGGCACCUGUGCAGGGGAGCUCUACCCGAACGAGUCUCCAGUGAGCUUGAGUGUGUCACCAACAGCACUCUGGCAGCCGUCAUCAAGCAGCUUGGUAGCCUCAGUCGGCAUGCAGAAGACAUCUUCGGGGAGCUGUUUAAAGAAGCGAACAGUUUCUGCUUGCGCAUGAGUCACCUGCAGGAGCGCGUGGACCUGCUGGCUGUUAAAGUCACCCAGCUGGAUUCGACCGUGGAGGAAGUCUCACUGCAGGACAUCAACAUGAGGAAGGCGUUUAAGAGCUCCACUAUUCAGGAUCAGCAAGUGGUGUCACGUGCCUCCAUCCCUAACCCUGUCAUGGAGAUCUAUCAGUGUGGAGACAAGCCUCCACCACUCAAUAUCCUUUCCCCGUACAGAGAUGAUAAGAAGGAUGCUCUGAAGUUUUACACAGACCCAUCAUACUUCUUUAACCUCUGGAAGGAGAAAAUGCUGCAAGCAACCGAGGACAAGAGGAAAGAGAAGAGACGUCAGAAGACGAGCGGUCCGGCCCAGGCUCACUCGGCUCAGUCUAAGUCCCUGCUGUCCAGGCAGGCCGCUCCCAGAAGCCCCCUCUUCUGCUCUGAGCAGCAGAAGCAGAUUGAGGAACCAGGUCGUGAGGUUAAAAAGGUUCGAAAAGCCCGGAACCGAAGGCAGGAAUGGAAUGUGCUGGCCUACGACAAAGAAUUUCGUCCAGAUGCCCGCUUUACACCCUCGCCAUAUCACGGCAUGUCAUCAGAGGGCUCACUAUCACCUGACAACAGGUCAUUGUUAUCGGAUGUGGGUGAGCAUUCUUACCCUGGCAGCCCAAACCGACCUGCACAACACACGCCACCAUGCAGCGCUUACUCCACUACAGACGGUAAGGAGCUCAUCCUCACUCCUACUCAGAGCCAGACGCUGCAGCGAGGCUACCGGUCCUCUGGCGCCCAGUCCACUCCGGCUGGGAGAGACACGCUGGGCAGGAUCCAGCCCUCGCACACAACCCCACCUGCUGACCCCACUCUUAACGGCCCUCGUCCGGCUCAAGUCAAAGACUACAGCGGUCAACAAUCCCAACAUUCCGAGCAUUUCAUCCCUCCUGCUCCUCCUCCUCCACCUCCCCCACUCAUCCCCUCAGCUCAGACAGCCUUCGACAGCCCGACCGCUCCCUCCUCCUCCUCUUCCUCCUCCCUUCCUGCCGGCACCAUGGCCUCCCUGUCCCGCUCCUACGGCUCAUCUCCUCCGGCUGCUCCUCCACCACCUCCCUCUGGACCCCCAACACACACGCACCCGCUUACACACAUCCUGCCUCCAGCUGCUGCUGAGAUAGUGGCCCCCAGGAAGGCUCAAGUGCCACUGGUGCCUAUGAGCGACGCCAGGAGCGACCUGUUAGCCGCCAUACGCCGAGGAAUCCAGUUAAGGAAAGUGCAGGAGCAGAGGGAGCUGGAGGCUAAGAAGGAGCCCGUGGGCAACGACGUAGCCACAAUCCUGUCACGCCGCAUCGCCGUGGAGUACAGCGAGUCAGACGAGGACUCCGAGCUGGACGAGAACGAGUGGUCCGAUUGAAGGAGAGAGCAGGAUGACAGAUGAGAGGACAGAAUAAGGCAAAGAAAGAUGAGAUGUUCAGGAGAGAGCACUAGUAAUUCUGCUGAGGGCUACUUUUCUAAAAGUUUGACUAAAUUUGUCCCCAAAGGCUGGAGAAACUUAUAGCCGUACAUGAGAGCUUCCACAGUCGAGGAUUUGCAUGUUUAUAGGUUUAAAAUUACAGUUUAAAUGAUUCAUUUCAUAUCUGAGGCAUGGUGCAGGUGUUCAGAGGGCUUUAGGAAAUACACUGUAUAAGCACAAAAUUGCAGUGCAGGUGAGAUGAAAUGUUUAAAACCCAUCAGCUCACAAAUAAAAUACGGCUGUUUGUGGCAAUCUAGAUUAGACAACAAAGCAAGCUGAGGAAAUUAAAACGUGUGAAUGGAAUAGUUUAAAUAUGAUUUAAUGUGAAUAGUUCUAACAAUAUUUAAAAAAAUAUUUCCAGUCCUCAGAAAAGCGUUCACUCAUAUGAACGUUCUUUGUAGUGUCUAGAGUUUUGUUAAUUCCAGGUCAAAUGGAAGGAAGGUUAACAAGUUAAAGUAAUACAAAGCCUACUGAACGUUAAAACAAAGCUAUACACUAAUCUUAGCUACUAUUGGUAAAAAAUACUUGUAUAUGAUCAUUUCCCACCUGGUUGGACUUUAAAAUCUGGCUCCAUCUUAUAGUCAAAUUGCAAAUGCCAUAUUCAUCUCAUAUUUGUUCGUUUCUGCUUCACGUUUGGCUAGAUGAUUACACUAUGUGGUGUAAUGUAAUCGUUACUGCACCUGGACCGCAAUCCCAUGGGAGUCAGAAAUAAACUCGCACAAGUGUGACAGGCGGUCAGAGAUCAAGCUUGCGAAACAAAGGACGGCUCUGGUGAUUAACAUAGGAAUGUAUUAAACAUGGCAGGUUGCUUGUACCGUGCUGUGUGUAAUGUGUGCAAGACGUGUAGUUAUCUUCUAUAUAUGCUUCAUUCUGUUUAAAGUGACUUUAUGAUUCAGAUGUGGAAGCAAGCCGGGCAAGUGAGCAGGACUGGUCCAGAUGUCUUCAGAAAUGGGAUUUUAAAAAAUGGAAUUUUAAAUGCAGCUGUCCUUUCACCCAAGAUCUAUAGAUUGCUGCAUUGUUUAACAUCUUAUAUAUUUUUUUUCAUGACUCUACCAGCUUGUACCUACAGUAGUCCUUGCUCUGGUGGUUCAAUUUUUAUUACUAAAGCUUAAAUCACUGCGCGUGUCCAGCAGGAUGAAGCCCACACACUAUGACUGUUUCUCCGUAAAAUCACGCUCCAUGUGUUGCCACCAUCUGCCAAGUCCACAGCUUCCCGUACUCAUAUUCUCUCUCAUUCUCCAUCAGUUAUUUUUAUAACUCGUUCGUUCGUUCCUUCAUCUUGUUUGUAGUAGAGCCAGCUGUUAGCCAGUUGUCGACGGUGUGUAAGAAGCUCAAACCUGGCGUAGUUGUCGAAAUCGUAACCAAUCCCACUGCAUCCAGUGUGACGUCCUGGUGCAGCAACAUGAAGGAUAUAAAUGUAUAUUUUAUCUGUGUUUAUUUAGCAAGAUGUAAUAAUAUCUUUAUCUUUCCUUAUUCCAGCGCAGAAAUUGAUAGGAUCUACUGUAUCAUAAAGACAUUCAUCUGGAUUCCUUUUUAAAAUGUUACUUAUUUUCUGCCGUGUGCUAAUGUACCAGAUUUAAUUUAUAAUUUAUUAAGUAUGGGGUGGUUGUUUUUUUUUUUCUUUUCUUUUUUUUGUGGUCUGUGAUUUAAAAUAUUCUGAAUAACUUGAGUAGAUGUGCAGUGAAUAGUGUAGGUUAAUAACCUCUCUUCUCACAGUAAGGUGUUAAAUGCAGAGCUCACUCAUGAAGAGUGGUCUAGCAAUGUACGAAGAAAGAAUAUGACUAAGAAGGAAGAUUAUUAUAAUAUGACUUGAUUAUUAAACAUCAAACCCACUCACAGAUUAAAAGAAGUUAGAAAUAGUGCCAUAGCAUUUGGUCUCGGCGAGGUGGGUUUUUUUUUUUUUUCAACCUUUGUGUCUUUUAUUUUCUACUAUUUGUGUAAUUCUAGCCAAUAAUUGGUCCAAAGUCAAAGCACUUAAAUAUUUUAACUUAUUUUUUAUGUAGAAGCUGAUUUAAGUGCCAGACUUCAAGGGUUUGGAAAGAGUAUUAUUAUUAUUAUUAUUAUCAUUUGCUGUUGUUGUACAUAAUGUCAUAAAAUUUCACUAAACCUGCUUGAAAAGUAUUCUAAGUAAAAGUAAGAGUGUCUUUAAGUAAAAGAAAGCAAGCAUUCAGUGUGUGUUUGUAAAGAAGCUGUAGGCCAGUACCUGCAUGUCCUAAUGGCCAAUAA